UAGCCUGUACUCUGUAGUUGACGCCUGUGGCCGAUGGUUCUUUCUCUUUUUAGUGGAUAAUCGCGCUUGCUUGUUAAUUUUUUAAUUAUUUUGAGAUCGAAACAAGUUAUAAGUUUUGAUUAUUUAAAGCUUGACACUGUGAUUAUUCUAAAUUAAAACUGUUACAAAGUGAGUGCUUUGUCCAGAUGCCAAUAAUGAAGUGUGGACCUACCGUUAUUCCAUUACCCAGUGCAAAAAUCAUAGCGACUAUGUUUCGACGACGAUGGUGACCAUAAGCGACAGCAAUCAUGAUCGCCAACUUACCGCUGCUUUUUACGAACGGUAACCCUACAGAUCUGUCUAAAAUCACAUCUGCUGAUUUAGAGAAGUUCAUAACAUUUAUGGUAACAUGUUCUUGGGGUCAUGAUACUGCGAAAGACAUCCGGCAGCCGCCUUGGUGGCCGAGAAACGUUCCUUUCUCGCACCCCUUCAUCAAACCUUGCAAAGUCCCGCAAGACUGGCUGUCGCGAUUAAAAAAUUUAGUGAAAAGAUGUUAUGAGUAUCACAACAGUUCGUUUUUGUUAGGGUUCUCUGCUCAUUUGGCACGGUAUCCUCGAAACAUUCUCACGUACGUUGACAACAACGACCAUACGACAUCGCUUUACCACGCACCUUCUGGCCGUCUACUGGUGACAUUUCGCAAUGAGAAUGUAUUGUAUGAUAAACCAGCUGAUAUUUAUUUAUGUGACACUUGUGAUAGUCACUUCGACAAUGUAGAGGUCCUAAAAGCCCAUGAGAGACUUUGUAACAACAAGAACUUCAAAUCGGGUUCUUGUACAGGGACUUUAGAAGAGUUUCUCUCAGCAUUAAAACUUAAGCCUGCACAAGAAGACACUCAAAAUAAAGAUAAAACCCCUGAACACUGUUUAGUUGGUACAAAGCCAAGACACUCUCGCAGUACAGCAAAUGUUGAGAGGGGUCAUCCAUAUCCUUUUUCAUCAUUAGCAUAUACAAAGAAUGCUAAAAUUAAUGUAAAUAGGGAUACCAGUUAUUCUCGAGAAAGAACAGAAAGGUAUUGCUGUACUUCAACACUUAGUAAAAAUGUAGCUAGUAAAGGAAGAAAUCAAACAUUUCCAGUUAGAUACAAAAGACCAAUAGAUUAUUGGCAUCGAAAACAUGUGUUCCCAAAUCAGCGGUAUAAGAAAAUACUUGAUUUAAAAGGGCAAUUGUUGGUUUUUAAGUGUAGACCCAUUACUGUAAAUAUAGAAAGAAUGGGUCCAGAAAAGAUUCAGGAGUACAUAGAAAAUCUCAAACGAGAAGCACUAAGCAGGCAGUGCGAAGACAAAGAUGUUGUGUUCGUAGAGCCUGUAGUGGAACCAAUGCAUGUGGAUGUUAAAGGCAGUGAUCCUUUAUAUAAAGCAGGCAAUGAGUGUGAAGUUAUUGAUCUAUGUUCAGAUGAUGAAGAAUCUAGUGUAAAUGAGAACUGUGACCCCCGUGCAGGAACCACUUGUGUUAUUCGAGGAGGGGCUAUCCUGAGGCGCACAGCUGCUACACCUAAUGCUAUUCCCGCUGAGCCCUGUGGUGCUCGGGAGAAACCUAUCUCCUCUCUCAUUUUACAACCCCACCCCGUCAUUCUUAUUACACAUUCUUUGAACAAUUUACACACAAUAGCUAUAGAUUGAAGACAUUAUUUAAUUUAGUUAUGCUGAUUUAUUAUUUAUUGUAAAUUAUUAACAAAAAAGUGUUCUCAUAUGUUUUGUUUCUGAAAUGCCAUUUUUAUUAUGGCAACAUCAUUAUAGGUGGUAACAUUUCUGUCAGUUCAAAAUGGCGGUCGCUUUGUUGCACGAAAUGGCUGUUGGCAUAAAUCAUAGUUUAAAUAUAUUUUAAUUUAACAAAUAUAAUGUAAAAAACUGCAUUUUACUUUAAUUUCACACUUAAUUGAAAUAUUUGUAUACAUGACAUUCAAUGAUUUACUUAACAAUUUUAAUAACUGUUUUUAUUUUAAUUAUGUUUUUAUUGUAAAGUGUAGGUAGUCAAUAUACUCGGGUAAGAUUCAGAUCAAUUUCUGUUUCAUAGCGCUAAGUCUCACUCCCGUACGUCAAAAGUGUAUUGGAUUUUGAUAUGCGGGAGUUGUCACGUUUCUGAAUCCUACCCUUGUACACAAUUAUGCAAUUCAAUUGAACAUGACACCAAAUAAAGAUGCAAUUUAUCAAG